CUGAGAAAAACCGGUUCCCAAUUUUCAUCACCGAGAGGUAGCGAGUAACCACACACCUUUUCUUUCCUGUCCGACGGCAUAGCGCAGUACAAAUAAAACCUAGUAUUAGCGGACAUCGAGCGAGAAAGCCACACCUAUUUUCACCAUAAGCGCGCCACAUUGAUUUGCUGCUUUCCCAAGUUUCUGUGAACUUGGCAGUGAAACAGGAUUGCUAAUAAUCUGUGGGCAUGUCUGCUGCAUUGACGCCUUCUAAGAGGCCACAUGAUCGGAACCUUAAUGAGUCGAAUGGAAAAGGAAAAUGGCAAAAGACAUCUGGCCUUAAUUCCCCCAAUCAAUCCGUGAAAACCUCUAGUGGUGGUGUUGUUUUCCGAAUACUUUGUCCUGCUUCCAAAACAGGUAGUGUUAUUGGGAAAGGUGGUGCCAUCAUAUCACAAAUCCGUCAAGAAACUGGUGCAAAGGUCAGAGUUGAGGAAACUGUCCCUGGAUGUGAUGAGAGGGUAGUUGUCAUUGUGGGUUCUGAUAAGGAUAUUGAAGUCAAUAAUGAACAGAAUGGGGAGGAUGGUGAUAAAAAAGCUAAUGUGGCUGAAGAGGGUGAUGAAAAGAAAGACAAUGGUGAGGAAAAUGAAAAUAAGGAAACAGUUCCUGCUGUUGACUCAUCAAAGUCUGUAAAAGAAACAUCAUCCCUGCAGAAAGCUUUGUUACUUGUUUAUGAAAGAAUAGUUGAAGCAGACCCAGAUACGGGUGGGGGAGAUGAGGAAGAUAACAAGCCUUCUAUGUUCAUUUUGAGGUUACUUGUGCUUUCCGGUCAAGUUGGAUGCCUUUUGGGAAAGGGUGGCAGUGUAAUCAAGCAAAUGUCAGCAGAAAGCGGGGCACAGAUUCGGAUUCUUCCUAGGGAUAAACUCCCUAUAUGUGCAUCACCAUCUGAUGAGCUAGUUCAGAUCACAGGAGAGGUUGAUGCUGUGAGGAAAGCUAUUCAAUUAGUGACUCAGCAGCUUCUGGAGAAUCCACCCAGGGAUCAUGACUCUUUCCCUUCCAAUUCUACAGGACCGUCAUUUCAUUCAUUUGGUCAUCCUCCUCCUAGGCCAGAAGCAUAUCCACCACCAUAUCAGUCUUUUAAUGCUCGGGGAACAACUUAUGGUGCUGGACCUCGGGAUUUUCAUGAAAGUGGUAUUCCUGGUCGAAUGAAGCCUGCUUCAGAUAUAAUAACCUUCCGAUUGCUAUGUCUUGAUGAGAAGGUAGGUGGUGUCAUUGGAAAAGGAGGAACUAUAAUAAAAACUCUUCAGCAAGAAACAGGCUGUGAUAUCAAAGUUUUGGAGGGGGUUUCUAAUUCAGAGGACCGCAUUAUUCUCAUUUCUGGUCCAGCGCACCCGGAUGAUAGGAUAUCGGCUCCACAAGAUGCAGUUCUUCGUGUACAAACCAGGAUUGCUCGGGCUUUACCUUUAUCUGAUGGUAAAGAGAGGACUGUGAUUGCUAGGCUUCUUGUCUCCUCAAAUCAAAUUGGUUGCCUCCUUGGCAAGGGCGGUGCCAUCAUGGCAGAAAUGAGGAAAUCAACUGGGGCCUAUAUUCGAAUACUGGGGAAGGAUCAAGUUCCAAAAUGUGCUUCAGAAAAUGAAGAAGUGGUUCAGAUAAAUGGAGAAUAUGAAGUAGUUCAAGAAGCACUUCUGCAGAUAACCACCAGGUUGCGCAAUCAUUUCUUUCGUGAUGUAUAUCCUUCUAUAGAUCAUCCCUCUAAUCCUCCCUUUCUGGAUCAACCUCCAUUUCCUCCAUACAUGGGAAGAAGGGAACUCUCGCCUCCAUUCCAUGCAUUUCACAGUUUUGAUGGCAUGGGUGGUCCACCUCCACAUGGUGGUUUCCAUCCCCAUGAUGAUCGUCCUCCUUUCAUGCACAAUAUUCAUAGACCAGGCAUGCCCCCACAUAUGUCCGAAAGAAGACCUUGGGGUCCACAGGGACCUAUUGAGGGUGGUCCUCCGGUGGGAUUGCCAGAUUUUGGAGGACCUCCACCUAGAAGACUUUCUGGUUUUGGAGGGGUUAACCAUCCAGCGAUUAUUACAAGCACUACUGUUGAAGUUGUUGUUCCUCGUACUGUGGUCCCCGUAAUUUAUGGAGAAGAUGGUUUAUGUCUGAAACAAAUUUGCCAGAUUUCGGAUGCUAAAAUUACAAUUAAUGAGCCGAAGCCUGGAGCAACAGAAACUAUGAUUAUAAUAUCUGGAACUCCUGAACAGACGCAUGCAGCUCAGAGCCUCAUUCAAGCUUUUGUGAUGAGUGAAAGGGACUCCACUUCAUCUUUACAAUAAGUUAUGGGAAGGAAGUCGAGGAACUAAACGAGUGGAUGUUGAUACCUUCUCUGCUGAAGAUUGGAGAUAGCGGUAAUCUAAAUUGGCAGUUUUGGUGAGUACUGUGAAACCUGUCUGAUCUUAUUGGUGAAAAGAUGGCAUUGAAGGCUGGCAUACAUGUUCAAUCUCUUAGGAAGAAGGACAAGUGAUCAAAAUGUACUCAAACAACCAUAAGAGUUGUCAAACACUACUUACAUUUUGAUCUUGUUUGGAGGAUGAAUUAUUAGUAGAUUGCAAGAAAAUUUUAUGAUUUA